AAACCUGGAGUGUUUCGAGAUCUUCACAGGCUGGAAUGGUUAGUCAUUGAGAACAACAAAAUAAACCGGAUCUCCCCUCAAGUGUUUCAAGGCCUGAAUUCACUUAUACUUCUAGUAAUGUUGAACAAUUUCCUGGGCCGACUGCCUGACAAACCGCUUUGUCAAUAUAUGCCUAAGCUAAACUGGCUGGACUUUGAAGGAAAUAAUAUUCCAGCCUUAAGAAACACAACUUUCAACUCCUGUGUUACUUUAACUGUUUUAGUUCUACGAAAGAACAGAAUCGGUACAAUAAGUGACAACACCUUUUCAUAUCUCUCCAGGCUGGAUGAGCUUGACUUGGCACAUAACAAAAUAGAAGCAUUUGAUCCAUCUUUACUGAAGGACUUGAAAGACCUGUCACAAUUGAAUAUUUCCUACAACCCUUUGCAGAAGAUACAGGCAGACCAAUUUGAUUAUGUUCUUACAUUAAAGUCCCUGAGUCUUGAGGGAAUUGAGAUCCCAAAUAUUCAAAGAAGAAUGUUCAUGCCGCUCAAAAAUCUUACUCACAUUUACUUUAAGAAGUUCCAAUACUGUGGAUUUGCACCCCAUGUGCGCAACUGCAAGCCAAAUACAGAUGGUAUUUCAUCCCUGGAAAAUCUGCUUGCAAGUAUCGUUCAGCGAGUGUUUGUGUGGGUGGUUUCACUGGCAACCUGCUUUGGGAACAUCUUUGUGAUCUGUACACGACCGUAUAUUAGGUCUGAGAACAAGCUACAUGCAAUGUGCAUCAUUUCC